GUCUACUCUGAUGGCUUCUGCUCCAACAUUAGCUUCCUCCACCAAAGAGACCACUAAUUACGCAAGGUUAUGUCGCCUUUUAGUAGAUGGAGGCACCAAGGCCUUAAGAUACACUUUUGAAAAAUUAUACUCUCCAGCAAACCUGUGUACUGUAUUGAAAGCAAACCAUUCAACUCUGGAAUCCCUUAAAAAUAAGAAAAUCAUCAAUGCCACACAGUGGGGUAAACUGUAUCCCUCUACUGCAUUGUCUGUAACAUCAGAAGACUUUGACAUCACGCUACUGAUUGUGCUACUUAGGAACAUCUGUCAUCUGGCGGCUCCGGCCACAGGCUGGGACGGUCUUCCACCUGCUUCAGACACGGGUAUUGAGGCUAACCUAGCCAGAGUAAAGUACUAUAGGAACUCGGUCUAUAGGCAUGCCAUGCAGGCGUCUGUGGACGAUCCAACAUUUAAUUCUUUGUGGCAGGACAUAAGUGCCGCACUGAUUGCACUGGGUGUAGAUGCAGCCGCUAUCAAAAAACUAAAGACUGAGACUAUGGAUCCAGACACGAAGCAGCAUUACCAGGAGCUGUUAAAGGAAUGGAAGAAAGGCGAAGACAACAUCAAAGACCAGCUAGAUAAAAUGGAGGGUAUAGAUGAAUGUUGUUUAGUGCCUUUGAGAAAUAAGUGUCCUUUUCUGACCUUAAUAGGGUGUAGUUAGGGUUCAAUUGAAAGUUUGGAAUUGCCCAAAAUUAACUUCUGCUUCCAAAGAUCGCGAACACAUUUGGAAAACAAUAAACUGACAUCCGACAGAAGGACUGCAAGCAGGUUUAGUUUAAAGCUUAAGGCUAGUGAUUGUAUUAGUGAGUUGUAGUGGUGAGAAUACACUUUGACGUACGAAAAGUAAUAUACGUACUUGGUUAUUCAUUAAUAAACAGAAUGUGUUAGAAAAAGAGUGGCAAGCGAAUGGAAGACGAGUUAGUUAUUAUCUCAGUUGACGAGUUCGACACUGAUGGUAACUUAAUUUUUUUUUCUCCUGGCAAAAUCAUAGGUAAUCUUGAGCACAUGAAAAGUGAAAUGGGAAAUAUGAGUGAGACGCUGAAGGCUAUGAAAAAUUCUGCGACAGAGUGUGGAGGUCAGUUUCAAAAAAGUAAACCAUGCAAGAUUUAUGAAUUCUUUGAGUCAAGCUAACUUUUAAUCAUGUUUUAAACAAACUGAAUAUCAAAUUUUCAAGACCUUGUAAGGUAGGGGUGAUAAACAAAACUAUGGUAUUUCUCUUAAUAUAAAUCAUAAAACACAUGAUAAGAAAAUAGACAAUAUUAGCGAUCAGGAAAGCCGAGGAACGCCGAGGGAUCAGUUCCCGAUGUUUAAUUCCAACUUCCGUAACUUGGGCACCAUUUCUUUUAAUUACUAUAUGUAUUGCUAUAUUGCUACGAAAUUUAUUCCAAUCAGCUUUUAUUGAUCACGUGUAUGGAGAAGACUGUCACUUACAAGGUUAAAUUAUUCUUAUCGUCUAUAAAGGGUGUGUGAUGAAAGUUUAAUUUUGCUUUGUGUAUUCUUCUCGCUAACAGAUGGAACAAGAGAAGAUUUAAAGAAGAUAAAAAGCGGGAUAGAAAACAUCAGUGAGACACUGCAGACCUGAAAGGUCUCUCCGACCAAAGAGGAAGGUCAGUUUCCCCAAACUGCAGCCAUAAAAGAAUCCCUCUUAUAUGGCUCUUUAAAGCCAUUAUUGCUGAUCGAUCAGUAGUUAUUUUUCGUACAAAUGUCUUCUUGUGUCCCACAAGAACAGCUUCAUAUCCACAAGAGGGACCAAAGUGCUGCAAGUUAUAUAUCUGCCUUCAAUAAUUCUCUCAGUGAGUAGGAUGAGGGAUGACAUAAACGCUAUUUUCCUGUAGGAUGGUGGCGUUGGAACCGUCUACUAGCAUGGGGGUAUCUUGGUUUCAAUACCGAGUGGUCUCCCACCUUUUUUGGUAAUUUUCAGCCAGUGUUUUUAUUUUGCAACAGUUUUUUUAUUUCCAUCAUGUCCCUUGUUGGAAAUAUACUAGCCCCAGAUUAAAAAAUAGAUGCCGACCUUUGAAACUCUACAACCACACGGGACUGUGAGUCCUCAAAUACCCUUACCUUUUUUAACGGACAAUAAGUUCACAAAGCAGUGGUCUAUUUGCCCUGCUUCUCGCAAAUUACAGUGGCCUGCUAAAAGACUGUUCUUAAAUUUAAAAAGAGGGCCUUUACCAUCUUCCAUUUACUUAUUGAAGGUUCACCCUGCCGCUAGUUUGAAAUGUUUGUCGCUUGCUUUUAACGCGGCAGAUGGCUAGGGUAGUAAAUAAAUAAUUGGCCUUCUCCUAGCAUAGUCAUAUUGGUAGUUGUAUUCAUUUGCCUUACGGACUUGGGAAGUAGCAAACCAAGCUGUCUUAGACAACUAUUUAAAACGAAGUUGGUUCUCAUUUGUUCUCAACAGCUGGUUUGGUGGCCGAGCAUAUUGAAAUCAUUCGCCAGAAGUACAAACGUCAUGAGGGAUGGCUCGCGCCUUUUUCUUUUUUUUUUAGCGAUAUUUAUACACGCCUUCGUAUGGUCAGCAGAGAGAAAAAGGCGAGAGCAACAGCGGAGCAAAGAGUUGUUGAAACGACUGAAAUCUUCAAACCCCACGAAGAAUGCAAACAACCUAGAAAAGUAUUGAUUGAAGGAAACCCAGGGAUGGGAAAGACGACAUACUGCAAUAAGGUUGCUUACGACUGGGCUAUAAACAUAAAAAACGAAGGAGAUUGCUUUUCGGAAUUUGAGAUGGUACUCUUGCUGAAAUGCCGUGAUGCUGAGAUCGAUUCCGACCUUUGGGGAACCAUUGACGAUCAGCUUUUGCCAGGUGAAAUUAAUCAAAAGGAAAGAGAGAAUUUCUUCGAUUUCAUUUGGCAAAAUCAAUCAAAGGUUCUACUGAUACUUGACGGAUUGGACGAGCUACCUUCGAGCAAACUGCCGGAGUUUACCGAUAUCAUACAGGGUAAAAUACUUCCCCAAUGUCACCUUGUGGUUACAGCGCGACACGAGGCUGGGAUACCAGUGAGAAAAGUUUGUGACACUGCUAGAGAUUGA